CUAUAGUUUAUCAUCAAAGCAAUUAACAACCAUAAAGAGAUAUUUAAAUUAGAAAAAAAGAAAGAGAUCAGAGAUGGCAGGAAUCAUCAACAAGAUCGGAGAUGCUCUCCAUAUCGGAGGAGGCCACAAGGAAGAUGAGCACAAGAAAGAGGAGCACAAGAAAGAGGAACACAAGAAACACGCCGACGAGCACAAGAGUGGUGAGCACAAAGAAGGUAUCGUUGACAAGAUCAAAGACAAGAUCCACGGUGGAGAAGGCCACAGCAGCGGAGACCACAAACACGAUGGUGAGAAGAAAAAGAAGAAGGACAAGAAGGAGAAGAAACACCAUGACGAUGGUCACCACAGCAGCAGCAGUGACAGCGACAGCGAUUAAGGCAAGGAGGAUGUGAGGAGGACUAUAAAUGCUGCUGUUGUCUGUUCCUAUCAUCUCACUCCUGACAGAGAGGGGUGAAUGGAAAAAGAAGAGUGCAUCUGUCUUCCUUUGUUAUCUAAUUUUCUUUUAACUGUCAUUUUCACCUCUUAUGUUUUAUGUUAUCUUGUCAGAAAAAAAUAAACCUCAUGUAUCGUAAUCUAUAUUAAUAAAAUCGAGUUUCCUAA